GAUUCUCAUUGGAGGCAAAGAGAAAGAAGAUCGCUAUGCAUGUUCUGAGAAAAAGAGAGGGGGGGAGAAAAAAGGGAAAAAAACAAAACACAUCCUACACACUGAAGCCAUCUCGGUCGAACUGCUGCUCUCUGGACUCCAGGACUCCAGAUCUGGUUAAGUGUUUGGUGUAGUAUCUGGAAAAACAAACAGGAGUGGAAAUGAUGUCCUCCAAACUGAAGUGGCUGAUUGUGAUCCAGCUCCUACUGAAUGAACAGGCUCUGUGCAGGGUCACACCCCCUCUGUCUCAGAGGAACGCUCUACUCCUGGGAACUGGCUCCCAUGAAGAGGCAGAGGAAAUGCCCAAACGGAACCAUCAGUCUUUCCUGGGAUCCCAACUCCAGCUCGGUCUAUCUUCUGCUGAAAAGACUGGUCCUGUGUCAGCGGAUGCACAAAAAGAGGAAAGAGCCCGCUCUGCCGAACAUGUGAUAUCAGACCUCGAGAUGAAGCUUCAGGGGCAGAUCAGAGAUCAUCUCAACAUUCAGGGCAACAUCAGCUGUGAGGAGCUUCUGUCUGCCAGCACCGUGGAUGACCCACUGUCCUCCAUGUUCCCCCAGGAGCUGCUGGGUCUCUCUCUGGUGCCUGUGUUGGUGGUGGCAGGAUGCCCAAAGGAGGCUCAGACCCUGGUGCUGAAGCUGUAUGACCUGCUAGGAGUGGAGGAUACGGAGGAGCUCCUGAUGGAGGUGGAAAGUCUGAUAGAGAGGAGGAUGAGAAAGUCAGCAUCUCCUCCAUCACCUCCAUCUGCAGCAUCAUCUUCAGAGAGGGAUCAAGCAGGGUCCCACAUAGAAGCUGUGAUGUUUAACAUCCAGCAGCUGGUGAUGGUGGGAGAAGAAACCUCUACGCAGGAAGGACACUGUGAGGGGUGGACCAGGGUGAAUGGAACCACACUGGUGGGAACAGCUGUGGAGGGAGCUACAGGUGGACUGGAGGAGGCAGUGAACAGCUGUGAGAGACUUGGAGUUCUGUGUGCUGGCGUGACCAGCAGUGGACUGCUCACACCUGGCACAUACCGGGCAGUGCUGAAGAAAGGCAGUCGUGUCCUGCCGUCCGACUCCUCUGGAUGUGAGUGCUGGAUCCGUCAGUGCAGUGCAGAGGAGGAUGUCUCCAUCCCCACCACCUCAGGUCGACGGAUGAGGCGCAACACCCAGAGGAGCUGCAUCAACAAAAGCGAGGAGCGCGUGUACAAUGUGGUGGAGUGGAUCCCUGCAGUUAGCACCCUCUACAACCUGGGCACAGCAGUGUAUUACGCCUCGGUCAACUGCUCCGAAACCGCCAAGGAGAGAGCCAUCCUCAGUGCUGUCGACCUGGGCACAGAUGCUCUCAUGGUCGCCACGGGGGGCACCGCUGGGGUGGCAGGUUAUGCUCUGGGUGCAGGGGUGAAGACUGGCGUGAAGGCCGGAGUCAGGUAUCUGCUCAACUCCAUGAAGCAAGAGGAUGAUGUGCUGGUGAACCAGUUCAGCUGGGAGGAGGGAGUCAUCACCAUCCAAUAGACUGAAGGAUCAAUAAAUCAGCCUGCAAAGUUUUAAUUUGUUUAUACAUUAAAAAAGAAACAAUGACACAGGAUCAGUGUUUGUUAACUGACAUGGCUGAAGAGUAACAAUUUGGUUUACCAGAGUUAAUGUGAUCUAGAUUACAAGGAAAAUGCAGUAUUACACAUUGUUGUAUUUCUCAGUGGAUAAUCAGUCACAUUUUGAAAGGGGAAAAAAGCUUUUACUAUUUGUGUGACUGUGCACACACACCUCAUUUUACACAGUUUGACACAAUAAUUAUGUAGUGAUUUUGUAGUGAUUUUAAUAGUGAUUUAACUCAGUCUGUAAAUUUAAGUAAAUUAGUUGUUUUGUUUUUUAGAGGAAGACGAUCUAACCUAUAAAAUAAAAUAAUAUAAAUUAGUUAAAGGUGGAUUACAUUACACAUUACAGUAAUUGUAAAUAAUCUCAGUAUAGGUAACCUCAGAGAGUAAGCUUUGAACCUUUGCUUUUAGAAAAAACAAAUCUCUGUGUAUAUGAGAAAAUAGUUGAACAAUUUAUCACGUUAAGCAGCAACAUUUAAAGAACUGGUCUCAGGAAACUAAGCCUGUAAACCCUCAAGACUUUGAUUUUGCCCUCUGUCCAGUGUCUUUUCCUUUGUGUACUGUCCUUCCUCAUUCUUGUUGUUUUCCUCCUCCCAUCAAAACCUUUUGUCAGGUCAGACACAGGUCACAUUCUCACCUCUGGUGUCAUUGCAGGGACAGUAGACUGGGAACUAAAUCUUAUUGUUUUAUGUGUUUAUCUUUAAGUGUUAGUAAAUUGUAUAUUAAAUGUGUGUGCACAUAGUUUGCUGUCAGUGUGGUAGUUUGUUCAGUUGACUCAGUGUUGUCAAGCUGAUUGUGAAAUACACAAUGUACUCUGAGGAGAAAGUCAAAUUGCCCUCUGAUGAAUGAAUGUAAGUAUGUAAGUAAAAAGCAAACAGUUGCAUACAUUCUUCCUAUAUGCACAACAACAGUUCAACACAUCAUUUAGGAGCUCUUAUAUUUAUGAUGAGAGCUGUGGAAGCUGCUUGUGUUCAUGUGUGACGACAAACAUUUGAUGUUCUCCAACUGGCAAACCUUUAAAAGAAAAGUGAGGGUCACACUCUCUGACUUCUGGAUUAUUACAUUUUCUUUUUACUGUGGAAGAGCAUGGUAUCUCAAUGAAAGAAAAUCCAGAAUGGGCCUUUUUCACCAGAGACAUUUUGACAUGUCACAGUAGGAAAAUUGCAGGUGUAAAUAAUAAAAUCAAUGAUGGCUGAUCUCCA